AUGUGUGGAAUACUUGCAGUGUUCGGUUGCACAGACAACUCUCAGGCGAAGCGGUCCAGAAUCAUCGAGCUUUCUAGGAGGUUGCGCCAUAGAGGGCCCGAUUGGAGUGGAUUGCAUUGCCAAGGUGAUUGUUAUCUUGCACAUCAACGAUUAGCAAUUAUUGAUCCUGCUUCUGGAGAUCAACCACUGUACAAUGAAGACAAAACCAUUGUUGUCACGGUCAAUGGUGAGAUAUAUAACCAUAAAGAACUGAGGGAAAAGCUCCCGUCUCAUUCCUUCCGGACUGGUAGUGAUUGUGAAGUUAUUGCACAUCUUUAUGAAGAAUAUGGAGAAGAUUUUGUUGAUAUGUUGGAUGGAAUGUUUUCUUUUGUGCUUCUUGACACCCGCAACAACAGUUUCAUUGCUGCCAGGGAUGCUAUUGGUAUUACGCCACUUUAUAUGGGCUGGGGUCUUGAUGGGUCUGUAUGGUUUGCUUCAGAAAUGAAAGCCUUGAGUGAUGAUUGUGAAAGAUUCAUGAGUUUCCUUCCUGGACAUAUAUAUUCAAGCAAAACUGGAGCGCUCAGAAGAUGGUACAACCCACCAUGGUAUUUGGAAGACAUUCCUUCGACUCCAUAUGAUCCUCUUCUCUUACGCAAGGCCUUUGAGAAGGCAGUAAUGAAAAGACUUAUGACAGACGUGCCCUUUGGUGUACUUUUGUCGGGUGGACUGGAUUCAUCACUUGUUGCUGCUGUGGCUAGCCGGUUUUUGGCGAACUCUGAAGCUGCCUGCCAAUGGGGAUCGCAGUUGCAUACCUUUUGCAUUGGUUUGAAGGGUUCUCCUGAUCUUAAAGCUGCCAGGGAAGUGGCAGACUACCUUGGAACUCGUCACCAUGAGUUUCAUUUUACAGUACAGGAAGGAAUUGAUGCACUUGAGGAAGUUAUAUACCAUAUUGAAACUUAUGAUGUGACCACUAUCAGAGCCAGCACUCCAAUGUUUCUCAUGUCUCGAAAAAUAAAAUCUUUGGGAGUGAAAAUGGUUAUAUCUGGGGAAGGUUCUGAUGAAAUUUUUGGUGGUUAUCUAUAUUUCCACAAGGCACCCAACAAGGAGGAGUUUCACAAGGAAACUUGUCAAAAGAUUAAAGCUCUGCAUCUUUAUGACUGCUUGAGAGCCAAUAAGUCAACUUCUGCAUGGGGUGUUGAGGCUCGUGUGCCCUUCUUAGAUAAGGAAUUCAUCAACACUGCAAUGAGUAUUGAUCCUGAAUGGAAAAUGGUAAGGCCCGAUCUUGGAAGAAUUGAGAAGUGGAUUCUGCGCAAUGCUUUUGAUGAUGAGCAGGAACCUUAUCUGCCAAAGCAUAUUUUGUACAGGCAAAAGGAGCAGUUCAGUGAUGGAGUUGGGUAUAGUUGGAUUGAUGGCUUGAAGGAUCAUGCAAACUCGCUGGUUUCUGACUCAAUGUUGGCAAAUGCAAGCUUCGUUUACCCAGAGAACACCCCAACAACGAAAGAAGGAUACUAUUAUAGGACAAUCUUCGAGAGAUUCUUCCCCAAGAACGCUGCAAGGUCAACAGUUCCCGGGGGGCCAAGCGUGGCAUGCAGCACUGCAAGAGCUGUAGAAUGGGAUGCGUCCUGGUCAAAGAAUCUAGAUCCGUCUGGCAGAGCAGCUCUCGGGAUUCAUGCAGCAGCGUAUGAACAUGCCCCGGAUGCAAAGAAGACCACUUCAUCUGAAACCUCAACUCAGAAACUGGAAGUAGAGAAGGCUAGUGUUGCAGUUUGAUCGUGUAUUUAGUCACAAAGGUAUCGAUUUCUUUGGUUUUGCAGAAUUGAAAAGAACGAUAGCAUACAUAUCGCACUGCAAGUUUGAUUGUGUAUUUUAUGUCACUGGUACUGUUAAAACAAACAUUAGCUCUGCAAGUUUGAUUGUGUAUUUUAUAUCACUGGUACUGUUUAACAAACGGUGAACAAGCAAUCCAUUUUCCUAUUGAAUAGUAGACUAA